AUGAACUCCUUAUCGACUAGAGUCUCCCUGCAGGCAGCAAGGCCGCAGUACCUGCAUUUGGCCCUGCGGGCAUACUCAGGCGUUGCUGUGACUUCAUGCAACCCUACAUGUCGGGUCAACAAGCCUUACACCCUCACAUCUAAGCGCCUCAUGUCAUCAACGCCCCAAAACCAAACUAAGGAAUACUUCCCGCCUCCAAAGGCCGCCAAUGUCAAGGAAGUCCAAUCAGCAUGGGCACAUCCAAUCUAUACCGAAGCUCAAAUGCGAGAUAUCAAUAUUGCACAUCGUGAAGCAUCAAAUUGGUCCGAUUGGGUUGCCCUUGGAACUGUCCGUGUUUUCCGAUGGGGCAUGGAUGUUGCGACAGGCUACAGACACCCCAGUCCCGGCGAAGAACUUCCGGCAAGCUUCAAAAUGACGGAGAAGAAAUGGCUAGCUCGGUUUGUCUUUUUGGAGAGUGUAGCAGGAGUGCCUGGCAUGGUCGGAGGCAUGCUGCGACACUUGCGCAGCCUUCGGAAAAUGAAGCGGGACAAUGGAUGGAUCGAAACUCUCCUAGAAGAAGCAUUCAACGAACGUAUGCACCUCCUUACUUUCCUCAAAUUGGCCGAACCAGGAUGGUUCAUGCGCUUGAUGGUUCUUGGAGCUCAGGGCGUCUUCUUCAAUGGCUUUUUCCUUGCAUACUUGGCUUCUCCGCGCAUCUGCCACCGAUUCGUUGGAUACCUUGAAGAGGAGGCUGUCAUCACAUAUACCCGUGCUAUCGAGGAAUUGGAAGCGGGAAAACUCCCGCAGUGGAAUAACCUCGAUGCACCGGAAAUUGCAAUCCAAUACUGGCAGAUGCCAGAGCGCCAGCGGAAGAUGAAAGAUUUGCUGAUGUAUAUCCGCGCCGACGAAGCCAAACACCGCGAGGUCAACCACACCCUUGGAAAUCUCAAUCAAAAGGUUGAUCCCAAUCCUUACCAAACCGAAUACACCGAUCCCGCUCGCAGCCACCCAACCAAGGGUAUUGAUACCCUUAAACCGACUGGGUGGGAGAGGAAGGACAUCUUUUUGGGUGAAUCAAAGAACUGA